GGCGGGAGCUGGUGGCUGGGAAGCCGGCGAUCGCGAGAUCCAGUGAUUACUUCCAGUGGAAAGAGAAGGAUGCCGCUCUUCUUCCGAAAAAGGAAACCCAGUGAGGAAGCUCGGAAACGUUUUGAGUACCAGAUGUGUCUGCACUAUACAAAACGUCAGAAACCGAUUGGCUUUGGGAAAGGGAACCCCCUCUAGCAAAAGGAGUACCACUGUGACCAGAUGUGGGACACCCAUAAACUGCAGCAUUCUGUGUCUGGAGACAGCCAGAGACCAGUGGGCUCCGUAAUAAAGCUUCAGGCAAAAGAAGCUGGUGCAGACGACAUUCUUGACAUAUCUAGAUGUGAGCUCUCAGAGAUUCCAUUUGGGGUUUUUUCAACAUGCAAAGUACUUCAGAAGAAGGUGUUGAUUGUUCAUACAAAUUGCCUCACUUCCUUGGUUCCCAAAUCUUGCAGCCUCCUGAGCCUUGGAACAAUCAAGGUUUUGGACCUUCAUGAUAACCAGCUAACAGCUCUUCCCGAUGCUCUUGGACAGCUAUCAUCUCUUCAGGUCUUGAAUGUUGAAAAAAAUCAGUUGAAAUGUUUACCACAGUCCAUCGGAGACCUGGUCCAGCUCCAGACCCUCAAUGUGAAAGAUAACAAACUGAAGGAUCUGCCCGAUACCUUGGGGGAACUUCGGAGCUUACGCACUCUUGACAUCAGUGAAAAUCUGAUACAGAGACUGCCCCAGAUGCUGGCUCAUGUCCGGACCUUGGAGACUCUGAGUCUCGAUGCUGCAUCCAUGGUCUAUCCACCUGAGGCUGUGUGUGGUAUGGGUAUGGAGGCCAUUCAGCAGUUUCUCUGCAAAGAAUGUGGGCUUGAGUACUACCCACCCUCCCAGUUCUUGCUCCCAGUGUUGGAAAGAGAUGGAGGAGAGACUUCGGUGGAUAGUACUGAUGGGCUAAUUUGCAGCUAUGUAAGGGAGGAAACUGAGUGGCAGAAUAAAUUCUUAGAUUAUGAGAAGAGAAAGGAACAGAAAAUGUUGGAGAAGUUAGAAUUUGAACGUCGCCUAGAAAUUGGGCAGCGGGAACACGCCCAGCUCCUCCAGCAAAGCAACAUUCAAAAGGAUGAGAUACUGCAGACAGUCAAAGAGGAACAGUUUCGGCUGGACAAGGGCUUGUGUGAGCAUCAGCGCUACUUGGAUGGAGAGCGUCAACGUCUGCAAGAACAACUGAAGCAAACAGAGCAGAGUAUCUCGAGCCGGAUUCAGAGGCUCCUUGAAGAUAAUCAGAGACAAAGGAAAAAUGCUGAAAUCUUGAAGUCACUCGAAAAUGAAAGGAUAAAGAUGGAGCAACUAAUGGCCAUAACCCAGGAGGAGACUGAGAAUCUACGCCAAAGAGAGAUUGCCUCUGCCAUGCAGCAGAUGUUGACAGAGAGCUGCAAGAACAGAUUCAUUCAAAUGACUUAUGAGUCUCAGAAGCAAAAUCUGGUCAAGCAAGCCUGUUCCAGCAUGGCCCAGAUGGAUGAGAGAUUCCAGCAGAUCCUGGCUUGGCAGCAGAUGGAUCAAAACAAAGCCAUCAGCCAGAUUUUGCAGGAGAGUGAAAUGCAGAAAGCUGCCUUUGAAGCUCUUCAAGUCAAAAAAGAUCUCAUGCACAGGCAGAUCAGAAACCAGAUUAAGUUAAUAGAAACUGAGUUAUUGCAGUUGACACAGCUGGAGUUAAAGAGGAAAGCCCUGGACACAGAGGCACUGCAGGAAAUGAUCUCAGAGCAGCGCCGGGCUCUCAGCUCCCUGCUGCAACAGCUACUCAAAGAGAAAAGCCAGCGAGAAGAGGAGCUACGAGGAAUCUUGCUAGAGAUGGAGGCCAAAAGUGAAACCACGCAGGAAAACUACUGGCUCAUUCAGUAUCAACGCCUUUUAAAUCAGAAGCCCUUGUCCCUAAAGCUCCAGGAAGAGGGCUUGGAGCAGCAGCUGGUGACCCUGCUGGUAGAGCUUUCAGCUGAACAUUAUCUGCCCAUCUUUGCUCACCAUCGAGUCUCGCUGGAUAUGCUGAGCCACAUGACCCCCGGUGACUUGGCCAAGAUGGGCAUUUCUGAAACUGGCCUGCAGCAUUCACUGAUCAGGAGAGCCCAGGAGCUGCUGGAUGGGGCUAAAACACUCCCAGAGUUACUGAAGUCUGUGGAAGGUGAGGCCCUGGAGGCCCUGGAACCUGCGUCUGCAGAAGAGCUUCCAGAGGCUGUGACUCCGACAGCCCCCCCGGCACAGCUGGAUGUGCGGGCUUCAGAGUGUGUAGUGUGUCUGGAGCGGGAGGCCCAGGUGAUUUUCCUCAACUGUGGUCACAUCUGCUGCUGUCAGUCCUGUUGCCAACCCCUUCGGACCUGCCCGCUGUGUCGGCAGAACAUCGUACAGUGUCUCCGCAUCUACCACAGUGGCUAAGCGAGGGAGGAGUCGGUUCCUAGAUCGCAGAAUGGCUCGCAGUUGUUCCCUGACUUACACCAGGAUAUUGGUGUACGGCUAGGGCGCCUUGCUUCUCUUUCCUCCGAUCCCCUGUCAGAGAUAGCACGUGGCCAUUUCCUCACAGCUCCUCUCCUCAGCAGCUGGGAGGAUGGGCUCUGAUCUCCAAGCACUUUUUUUCUUCCUGGGAUAAAUAAUUUGCUAAUUUAUAUAUGCUUCCCUCAUCACCAGGCCCACGAAGAGGCGGGUUAUACAGGGUGCUUCUAGAAACAGGAGUCAGAGGUUAGUGUUGGGAGAGGAGGAGGUGCUAGACUACUCUCAUCUCAGAACAGGAGCGGAAAACUUCCUUACACUUCCCACAAAGACAGAAGAAACAGCACCAGCUUGCUGUUCCCUUGCCUCUGCUAGCCACACAGGAGCUGAGGGAUGUUAGAACAGAUUUAGGAGGUCAAGAUUUUGGCCUACCGUGCCAUCAGAAACUUGGGACUUACUCCCCCUGGCUCUCGACAUGGACCAUUUUCUCAUAAGUUAGAAGCCCAGCCUUAGCAGAAUGUAGAAAAGAGUUGUCAGAGCCAGGGAGGGCUAAAGAUUCAGGGAAGGCAUGGAGGACCUCCGUAGGCAAGACUCCUGUCUGGUCUUGCCCAGAGGCAAAAGUGACAUCCUUUGUAUGUCUGGUUGUUUUUCCUUCAAAGAAUGCAGAGACCCAGUGAAGGCUUGGAGGGCCUCUGUGGUCAAGACUCCCAUCUGGUCUUGACCAGAUACAGAAAUGACACCCCGUUAUCUAUACACUUAACUGCUCAAUGUCUCCGCUUCAAAGGGAUGCUUUCCUAGGCACAGACAGUUGAACUGGGUGCUAAAGUGGACAGAACCUCUGGGUUGUGGGAUGACAGCCAUUCCUCAAAGUACAAGGUGCAGCAUUCGGCCCGGAAAGCCCAACCGGCUCUAUAUGAGGCUUGGGAACAGGGUUGCUCUUGGAAGAAGUACGUCUCUUUUGGAGAUCCAGCUCUGUGCAUCUUCUGUUUUAUUUGGGGUACAUCAAGGGGGUGGCUACCUACAUCGUGGACAGAGAAUGGGCAGGCAGUAGGGCCUGCACCUGGAGGGAAGCAAAUAAGGCACAACCAGCUAAUUCCAUCAUUCCCUGUGCAUUCUUUUCUUUUGCCCUGGUAGGUAGAAGGGCUGUGCUGUCCCUUGUAUCUCUGUUCCCCAGUGCAGUGCAUGAGCAGAGGCUGAGCUAUGAAGUCUCAAAACAAAUAAAUUUCCACCU